UACAUGGUACUACAGAGCACGCUUGCACUGCCGACUGAAAUGCGGGAUGGAUUCUUCCUUCACUCUUUGACAAUGCAGGAUGAAAACAAGUAUUUUGAUAACAUGGAACGCUGGAGCAGACAAUGCAAAGUCUGAGGCUGCUUUAUUUUGUCAAUUAAUCUGCAGAAAAAGCAUUGGAGCUUGACCAUUUUCGACAUCAUUGGGGAUAGAAAAACAGGACGGUGGAAAUGGAGGCGAGCACAAUGCCUCCAAAGGCCCCAAGGCUCACAGUAGAAGAAGAUGCAAUGGCAUCCCAGGUCCUGGAGAUCAUUGGUGGGAUCACUCUUGGGGGCCUCCAGACACUGGACGAGGCUGAAGACAAAGAUGUGUGGUCAAUGGAGGAGGGAGACGACUCGGUGUUCUACAGUGAUGAGGACCAAGCUCAUCACGGCAUAAAAACAAACACAUCUUGUGAUUUUGGUGCCAACGAGUGCAAGCGUCUUGUCAACAGUGUGACAUCUGACGAACCUAUCCCACAGGGGGGGCCUGAUCAGGAAGAAGAAUCCAUUAUUGACAAAGAUAAUUCAGAGAUGGAAAAGAAGGUGACUCAGCAGGUCAUUCUGACCGAACAAGGAGAGGAACGGCAAGAGCUCCAGACACCAAAAACUGAACCUAUGGAUCAGUCAGAUGUUGCAGAUCCAGGACAACAAUCGAUGAGCGCCUGUGGAGAAUCUCUACACCUAAACUUCACAGGCGCAGACAUGCAAACAGGAAACAGAUCAGCAGAAAAAGCAAAUCUACCAGUACAGGAGGAAGUGGCACUAGACGCACAGACACCAGACCUUGAACCCUUUGAUGUAACUAAUGAGGAGAGUUUUACAAAGCCGAAUGGGGAGGCAGAAAUCCCGGAGCAGAUGUCUAGUGACAAACUCCAGAUAUCAGGUGACAGGCAGCUUCAGGUGGACCAGGAGCCAGAGCAAGACCACAACAUGCAUGACAUUGUUCACCAAAACCCCAGCCCAGGCCACUCCACUCUGCCUAUGUUGGAGAAAUCCGUCCACCAGAAAUGCUUCAACCACCUCUCUUCCUCCAAAUACAGCACCGUGUCCUACCGCAAGAUCCGCAGAGGCAACACCCGCCAGAAGAUAGAGGAGUUUGAGUACAUGAUGAAUUUGUAAGAUUUUUUUGUUUUUCAGGAACAUAAACACUGCUGAACAUGAUACAUAACAAAAAAAAUGAGCAUUAAAAAGAAAAUGUACAUCUAUGUCGUAUGUUACAGCUUAAAUAUUUAUUUGUUCUAAAAAACCUACUUGAAAAUCUCUGAUGUUACUCUCCAGGUCACUCACAAGAUCUUUAAAUUAAGAGUACUAUUUGUUUCUGUUGUUUGGUAUCUAAUUGCUGAGCAGUGCAUAACAACAAUCUCAUAUUUGCCUUUAUGGUUUUAGGAGGAUAACAUCUUGUUAUGUAAGGGAGGUACAGAUUAAAUAAAUAAGAAGCUCAGGGCUGUAUAAUCCUACUGCCUAUAACAAGUAAGUAGUAGUGUUGUUUGGUAUUAGAGCUUCAGUAUCUUAACUUCUGGAGAGGACUUAAGUGUUUUUGAGUGACCAACUAAACAUAACUUCUUACAUGCCUUAAUGGCUAUUGGAUAAGAAACAAAUAAAAAGAGAUGCAUGCA